AUGGAUGACGGCGAGCAUUUCUGCAAUAUCUGUGGGGGACCGCUGUCCACAAACUUCGUCCAGCAUUCUACCUACGGCCCAUAUCUUACUAACGAAAACGACACUUAUUGGCUUAAAUUGACCAGGAUCGUGCGUGCCAAUGUUCAUGAUGGAGAGGACUCGGACGAAGAAGGCGCAUACUAUAUUAGUAUGAUGGGUACAUACGAGUACGAGCCGUCCCGUAUCUUUCGAACAAAUUUGAAUGGUCCUGAAAAUGAGCUCGAGUUCGCCGCGUGGGAUGAGGGAUUCGCCGUUCACAAUGCGUGCUUCAUGAUGCUUCUCGAAAUGGGCAUGGGUGACAAACACAUGACCACAAUGGGACGCGAGAUAUUUCUCCGAAUGCAAAUGCGUAUGCCGAUGAGCGAUGGCACCGUUAUCAACUGGGGUGAUUGCUACUACGGCGGAGCUGGGCCAUUCCAAGGACAUAGGUGGAUGGCUCUAGAUGGAUACGAGUGGCUUGUUACAAACCCUGACUAUGAACCGGACUUCUAUGAGCUCCUGGAAGACGCAAGGCGCGACGGUCCAGAGGAGAUUAAUGCUAAAUUGUGGGACGAGGCAAAAAGCUACCAAUAUGUUGAUCCAUUCUGGCGCUUCCCAGUUGAGCUGCGUCAUGAGAUCCUGCACCUUCUCCCGUCUGAGUCGCUCUUCGAUGUCCAGCGAGCGAGCCCGGCCUUUUGUGCAGCUAGCACCUCAUUUCCAAACAAAUAUUGGCACUCCGUGAUUGAACACAGGAUGCCCUGGAUGGAGCACACUUCGCUCAACAAGAUACUGGCCGAGAUGGAAAGCCCAAUGGACUAUAAGAGUCUCGCAGCGCGGCUAAUCGAGCUACUGUCACACCUGACGACACGAACGGACCGUGGGAUGAAGUCUGUUGCAAGCAAAGACAACCACGAAGGUGUCUCAACACAGAUCCUAAGCCUCUCCAGCUUUCGAGCAGUGACGGUCUCGUGGGAUGUCUCCAUUGAUAAGAAGAAUACAGACGUCUAUAUCAGACCUCUGAUUGACAAUCCGCCCCAUCCUAAGAAUGUCAAAGUGUAUUUUGGGGCAGACAGCGACAUGGUUGGUAUGGAAUUCUUCCUGGAAGGAGACAAGUCCGGUCGUCUCGUGGGCUAUCAAACCAACUCGCUUCAGAGUGUAUCAUUUCAAAAAGACAUGCUCAUCAACGGCUUCGUCAUAUCGCUCGGUCCCAUGCGUGAGUCCCGCGCAAGGUAUACGAUACAGGGCAUUGCAAUAAUCACAGAUGGCAACUACCAUCGUCCCUAUGCCAAGCUCGGUCAUUGGACCAAGAAUGACCUUGUUCACAUCCUAUGCGCAAGGACUAUCGAAACGUUGGUUGGUUUCAGUGCGCAAUACUCCGAAGACCAUAUCGCCCAGUUCGGCAUAAUAGUCGCGGAUCUAGCUACAGCCUCCCCGGGAUUCGUGUGGGAUAUGGAAGUAGACCUACUGGGGACUACUCGCUGGAUCGGCAAUUGGCCAUCGCCCGACAAUGAGCCUGCGAGACUCAUGCCGAGCCCCAAGCAAUUCAGCACUAGGACCCAGGCUCCUGUACAGUUCCUUGACUUCUGUUCUUGUAUGAUCGAUAGCAUCGAGGCAUUCUUCCCUUUCGGUCAGGGCAAAGCAAUCGGCGGCUUGCUCUUCAAGUUUAGCGAUGGAACUCAGAAGCUAGUCGGUAGAGCUGAGAACCACGAAUCUAUCUCAGAAUUUGCAUGUAACGAGGUGACGUUUAACCCGGGGAAUGACCAGAGAAUCACCGGCGUGGCUAUCAAUUGCACUGAUAAACGUCUGGGACACCCCGAGCCUUGUGGAGUAAACAGCAUCGUGUUCAUUACUGAGCCGAGAUCGAAUAAUAUGGUACUGGGAUAUCGAAGAUUUCGGUCUUCGGGCGGCUACGACCUCCUCAAAGGUCCAUACGAAUACUGCGAUAAGGAGCGUCCCACUGUCGGAAUGCAGUUCAUCUUCGACAAGGGAGUGAUCACAAAAUUAGGCCUUAUGCACUAG